CUUUGCUCAUGUUUUUAUAAGCCUUCUUCAAUUCAUCUCUCCUUCGAACUCAAGUCCAUCAAGCUUGACUCCGCCAUCUCCGCCGCACCCUAUCCAUGCCUCACCUCCCCGACUGCCGCGCCUUCCCCUUCUUCCUUCGCGGCCGUAACCGGCGACCUCGACGACGGCGAAGAAGCACUCCCGAAUCUCGUGGUCGAUCCAGAAGCUGCUGCGUUCGGUCUUCAAGCCGAAGACGAGCUCUACCCCGGCGUUCGGCGUGGCAGUCUGUACUCGCGCGUCGUCGGUGAGGAUGACAGGUUUUACGUUGGGUACGACAAGUUCGGCGCGUUGACCACAAUUCCGGAGUCCUCGGAGGUUGAAUAUCUUGGGAAGUUGUCGCCGGAGAUGGAUCGGAGGCGAUGGCGACUAGAAAGAGCAAAGCGAGUCGUGCAUUGGGCAUGAGUGAAGGUGUUAGAGAGAGAGGGGGUUGAGCGUGGGGUUGCAGAGAGACGGAGAGCAGAGCGCGUGAGAGAGAGGAGAGAGACAAGUUUUUUCCCUGACAUGUGGCCCCGAUUGUCACGUGUCAAUUUGUGGGUGGUUUACUUGCAAAUCUUACGU